AGUCAACACCGCGAGAUUUCCAUCGUCACCGGCACUUACAAUGGCACUCCCGUCUCUGUUGUGAGUACAGGUAUGGGCGCGGGCAGUGUGGAGAUUGUGAUAAAUGAGAUUCAUGUCUUGAAGGAGUAUGAUAUGGCUCGCCGUGCUUGGCGUCCACGUGCGGGGGAUUCUGCGGUUGAGGGAAAAGAGGCGAACACCGCCGAGUUAUUUGAUCCCGCAAGUGUGAAAAUAAUUCGUGUGGGGACGUGCGGUUCGCCCAUGCCUACAAUGCCCGUCACGGCCCUUGCGGUGACUCGCUAUGCCAUUGGGAUGGAUAACUCUUGUCUUUUCUAUAAGGCCCCGGAAAUCGCGGCACUGCCGGAUCUGCAGGAAGUCCGCCGGGCCGUACGCGAACACACCGGACUGCGGGAUUUUGACAUUUACGUCGCCAAGGCCCAUCCCACCAUCACACAGGGCAUUGUGAACGCCUGUGAGGCUCUCAACCGCAAACUCGGAGCUGCAACUUCAUCUACAGACAGUCAAACCCCGCAGGCAUGUGUGGUGGGAGCGACGGCGACGACGAGUGGCUUCUACGCACCGCAGGGACGAGUGGUGGGCCGUUUUCACAAUCACAUUACGGUGCCGAAUUUGGUGGAUGAACUUGGGCAACUCCGCAUGAAUGUGAGUGAAGGCACAGAGGUGGUGGCGAAUAUCGAGAUGGAGACCAGUGUCGUUUGCUAUCUUUCGCAGUUGUUGGGAUAUCGGGCCGGGGCGGUGUGUGUUGUUGUCGCGAAGCGUGCGGGGGAGAAGCGGGAAACUGCCUCCGUCGAACAGACAAAGAAAGCCGUCUCUAAUGCCGUUCGGGUGGCACUAGAGGCUAUUGUUGCUAUUUAA